AUGAAGGACGCUGAAUCAGAGACCGUGGUUUCGAACAAUGAAGAUGAGAUGUUCCCAAUACCGGCAAUCAAAGUUGAUGAUGAACAGACUCCCGAGAGCUUCGGAGCAACGCCAGAUGGUGGAAUCCGAGCGUGGCUCGUCGUCGCAGGGGCAUUUUUCAUCCUCUGUUCCACCCUGGGUUAUGCGAACUCCUUUGGCGUUUUUCAAGAAUACUAUUUGGCUCACCAGCUCCACGAUCGGCCUCCGGAUGAUAUCGCCUGGAUUGGAUCGCUAGCAACUUUUCUCCAGCUUUCGGCAGGGGCAAUUUCAGGACCAUUGUUCGAUCGGUAUGGCAGCUGGAUCCUCCGUCCAGCCGCUAUCCUCUACAUUUUUUCUGUUAUGAUGGUCAGCAUAUGCCGGGAGUAUUGGCAUUUCAUGCUAACGCAAGGGGUCGUCAUAGGGAUGCUCAUGGCGCUCUUCUUGGUCCCAGCAAUCGCUGCUGUAUCUCAGUAUUUUGAUAAGCGUCGAGCAACUGCUUUGGGGAUCACUGUUUCUGGGUCAUCAGUGGGCGGCGUUAUAUUUCCUAUUGCGCUCUCAAAGAUGCUGAACGACUCUUCUCUUGGCUUCGGAUGGUCCAUUCGGAUAAUGGGGUUUGCCGUGCUGCCUGGUUUAGUCUUCUCAUGCAUUACAGUCAGGACCCGUCUUCCGCCGAGAACAACCGACUUUUUCGUUAAAGCGGCCUUUAAAGACGUCAAGUAUGUCCUUCUCAUUAUAGGCGCGUCUUUCGUGUUUAUCGGUUUCUCCACACCAAUUUGGUUUCUACCCACCUAUGCCGUUAGUAGGGGUAUGGACACAACGCUCGCCUCCUAUAUGUUAGCAAUUAUCAACGGCGCAUCCGCUUUGGGACGGAUCAUACCCGGUGUGUUGGCGGAUAAAUUCGGCCGAAUAAAUAUACUCGGGAUCGGUUCGAUCGUCACUGGCGUCAUCGUGUCCUGUAUGAACGAGACGGAAAGUACUACCGCGUUGGUAGUAUUUUCGGUUGCGUUUGGAUUCUCUUCGGGCACCAUAAUGUCUGGAAUUGCCGCAGCCUUCAGCGUCUGUGCUAAAGAUCACCGGGACAUUGGCACCUAUUUAGGAAUGGGAAUGGCGAUUAGUUCUGUCGCGAUCUUGAUUGGCCCUCCAGUUAACGGGGCACUGGUUGCCAAGUACCAUGGGUUUUUUGAAGCAUGCAUUUUCAGCGGUAUCAUGUGCUUAGUUGGUGGCUUCAUUGUGUUUGGGAGCAAGAUGACAACCUCUCAGGGUAUUUUUGGGAAAGUAUAG